ACUACCUCCCCUUUCCCACCCCGCCCCGGGUCUAUAAAGAGAGGCAUCCCGGGCUGCAGAGAGAUUUGGACGCCCCUGCCUGGGAGGUACGCCAGAUCUGAGCUCUCCACCUAGCUGCUUCUCCUGUAGCCCCAGUUGGAGAUCUGGGACCCACCAGGCACCAUGGCACAGAAAGGCCAGCUCAGUGAUGAUGAGAAGUUCCUCUUUGUGGACAAGAACUUAAUCAACAGCCCAAUGGCCCAGGCCGAUUGGGUGGCCAAGAAGCUGGUCUGGAUUCCUUCGGAGAAGCAGGGUUUUGAGGCAGCCAGCAUCAAGGAGGAGAAGGGGGAUGAGGUGGUGGUGGAAUUGGUGGAGAACGGCAAGAAGGUCACGGUCAGCAAAGAUGACAUUCAGAAGAUGAACCCACCCAAGUUCUCCAAGGUGGAGGACAUGGCGGAGCUGACGUGUCUCAAUGAGGCAUCGGUGCUGCACAACCUGAGGGAGAGAUACUUCUCGGGACUCAUCUAUACAUACUCUGGUCUCUUCUGCGUGGUGGUCAACCCCUACAAGCAGCUGCCCAUCUACUCGGAGAAGAUUGUGGACAUGUACAAGGGCAAGAAACGCCACGAGAUGCCACCCCAUAUCUACGCCAUUGCGGAUACAGCCUACAGGAGCAUGCUGCAGGAUCGGGAAGACCAGUCCAUCCUGUGCACAGGUGAGUCUGGAGCUGGGAAGACUGAAAACACCAAGAAAGUCAUCCAGUAUCUGGCCGUGGUGGCCACCUCACACAAGGGCAAGAAGGACACCAGCAUCACGGGCGAGCUGGAAAAGCAGCUGCUGCAGGCCAACCCGAUCCUGGAGGCUUUUGGCAACGCCAAAACAGUCAAGAACGACAACUCCUCGAGAUUUGGCAAAUUCAUCCGCAUCAACUUUGACGUCACCGGCUACAUCGUGGGUGCCAACAUUGACACGUAUCUAUUAGAAAAGUCCCGGGCUAUCCGCCAGGCCAGAGAUGAGAGAACCUUCCACAUCUUCUACUACUUGAUCGCUGGCGCCAAGGAGAAGAUGAAGAACGACUUGCUUUUGGAGGGUUUCAACAACUACACGUUCCUCUCCAAUGGCUACGUGCCCAUCCCGGCUGCCCAGGAUGAUGAGAUGUUCCAGGAGACCCUGGAGGCCAUGGCGAUCAUGGGCUUCAGUGAAGAGGAGCAGCUGGCCAUAUUGAAGGUGGUGUCAUCUGUCCUCCAGCUUGGAAAUAUUGUCUUCAAGAAGGAAAGAAACACAGACCAGGCCUCCAUGCCAGAUAACACAGCUGCCCAGAAAGUAUGUCACCUUACAGGAAUUAACGUGACAGACUUUACCCGAUCCAUCUUGACCCCGCGCAUCAAAGUUGGGCGGGAUGUGGUACAGAAAGCCCAGACAAAAGAACAGGCAGACUUUGCGAUAGAGGCUUUGGCCAAAGCCACAUAUGAGCGUCUCUUCCGCUGGAUACUCGGCCGCGUGAACAAAGCACUGGACAAGACCCAUCGGCAAGGGGCCUCAUUCCUGGGGAUCCUGGACAUUGCUGGAUUUGAGAUCUUUGAGGUGAACUCCUUCGAGCAGCUGUGCAUCAACUACACCAACGAGAAGCUGCAGCAGCUCUUCAACCACACCAUGUUCAUCCUGGAGCAGGAGGAGUACCAGCGCGAGGGCAUCGAGUGGAACUUCAUCGACUUCGGGCUGGACCUGCAGCCCUGCAUUGAGCUCAUCGAGCGGCCGAACAACCCUCCCGGUGUCCUGGCCCUGUUGGAUGAGGAGUGCUGGUUCCCCAAAGCCACAGACAAAUCCUUUGUGGAGAAAUUGUGCUCCGAGCAGGGCAAUCACCCCAAGUUCCAGAAGCCCAAGCAGCUCAAGGACAAAACCGAGUUCUCCAUCAUCCACUAUGCUGGGAAGGUGGACUACAAUGCCAGUGCCUGGCUGACCAAGAACAUGGACCCACUGAAUGACAAUGUGACCUCCCUCCUCAACGCCUCCUCAGACAAGUUUGUGGCUGACCUGUGGAAGGACGUGGACCGCAUCGUGGGCCUGGACCAGAUGGCCAAGAUGACGGAGAGCUCGCUGCCCAGUGCCUCCAAGACCAAGAAGGGUAUGUUCCGCACAGUGGGGCAGCUGUACAAGGAGCAGCUGGGCAAGCUGAUGACCACACUACGCAACACCACACCCAACUUCGUCCGCUGCAUCAUCCCCAACCAUGAGAAGAGGUCAGGCAAGCUGGAUGCCUUCCUGGUGCUGGAGCAGCUGAGGUGCAAUGGGGUCUUGGAGGGCAUCCGCAUCUGCCGCCAGGGCUUCCCCAACAGGAUCCUCUUUCAGGAGUUCCGCCAGCGCUAUGAGAUUCUGGCUGCCAACUCCAUCCCCAAAGGCUUCAUGGAUGGGAAGCAGGCCUGCAUCCUCAUGAUCAAAGCCUUGGAACUUGACCCCAACCUGUAUAGGAUUGGGCAGAGCAAGAUCUUCUUCCGGACCGGGGUCCUAGCACACCUGGAGGAGGAACGGGACCUGAAGAUCACUGACAUCAUCAUGGCUUUCCAGGCCAUGUGUCGUGGCUACCUGGCCAGAAAGGCCUUUGCCAAGCGGCAGCAGCAGCUGACAGCCAUGAAGGUGAUUCAGAGGAACUGCGCCGCCUAUCUCAAGCUGCGUAACUGGCAAUGGUGGAGGCUGUUCACCAAGGUGAAGCCCCUGCUACAGGUGACACGGCAGGAGGAGGAGAUGCAGGCCAAGGAGGAUGAACUGCAGAAGAUCAAGGAGCGGCAGCAGAAGGCAGAGUCGGAACUCAAGGAGCUGGAGCAUAAGCACACACAGGUCCCUGGAGGAGGAGACUCAAGUUCCACGAACCCAAAUGACCUGCCCCAAUCUGUUAGGCAAAGGAGACUGCCUUCAAGCAAGGCGAUGAUUCUUCUCCUUGCUCCCACACAGGACCUGGAAGAACAGCUGGAGGAGGAGGAAGCUGCGAGGCAGAAGCUACAACUUGAGAAGGUCACAGCUGAGGCCAAGAUCAAGAAACUGGAGGAUGAGAUGCUGGUCAUGGAUGAUCAGAACAACAAACUGUCAAAAGAACGAAAACUCCUUGAAGAGAGGAUUAGUGACUUGACGACAAAUCUUGCAGAAGAGGAAGAAAAGGCCAAGAAUCUUACCAAGCUGAAGAACAAGCACGAAUCUAUGAUCUCAGAACUGGAAGUACGGCUCAAGAAGGAGGAGAAGGGCCGGCAGGAGCUGGAGAAGAUGAAGCGGAAGCUGGAGGGUGAGGCCAGUGACCUCCAUGAGCAGAUAGCAGACCUGCAGGCACAGAUCGCUGAGCUCAAGAUGCAGCUGGCCAAGAAGGAGGAGGAGUUGCAGGCGGCCCUGGCCAGGUUGGAUGAUGAGAUUUCUCAGAAGAACAAUGCCCUGAAGAAGAUCCGGGAGCUGGAGGGGCACAUCUCAGACCUCCAGGAGGACCUGGACUCGGAACGGGCAGCAAGAAACAAGGCAGAGAAACAGAAGCGGGACCUGGGGGAGGAGCUGGAGGCACUGAAGACAGAGCUGGAGGACACACUGGACAGCACGGCCACCCAGCAGGAGCUUCGGGCCAAGAGGGAACAAGAGGUGACAGUGCUGAAGAAGGCCCUGGACGAGGAGACACGGUCCCAUGAGGCCCAGGUCCAGGAGAUGAGGCAGAAGCACACGCAGGCAGUGGAGGAACUCACGGAGCAGCUGGAGCAAUUCAAGAGAGCCAAGGCCAACCUUGACAAGAACAAGCAGACACUGGAGAAGGAGAAUGCAGAUCUGGCCGGUGAGCUCCGGUCGCUGAGCCAGGCCAAGCAGGAGGUGGAGCACAAGAAGAAGAAGCUGGAGGUGCAGCUGCAGGAGCUGCAGUCCAAGUGCAGUGAUGGCGAGCGGGCACGGGCAGAGCUCAAUGACAAGGUCCACAAGCUGCAGAAUGAAGUGGAAAGUGUCACAGGGCUGCUCAAUGAGGCGGAGGGCAAGGCGAUCAAGCUGGCCAAGGAUGUGGCGUCCCUUGGGUCCCAGCUCCAGGACACCCAAGAGCUGCUUCAGGAAGAGACCCGGCAGAAGCUCAAUGUGUCCACCAAGCUGCGCCAGCUGGAGGAUGAAAGGAACAGCCUGCAGGAGCAGCUGGAUGAGGAGACGGAGGCCAAGCAGAACCUGGAACGCCACAUCUCAACGCUCAACAUCCAGUUCUCCGACUCUAAGAAGAAGCUGCAGGACUUUGCCGUGACCGUGGAGUCCCUGGAAGAGGGCAAGAAGAGGUUCCAGAAAGAAAUUGAAGGCCUCACUGAACAGUAUGAGGAGAAGGCAGCUGCUUAUGACAAACUGGAAAAAACCAAAAACAGGCUUCAGCAGGAGCUGGACGACCUGGUGGUGGAUUUAGACAACCAGCGACAACUGGUGUCCAACCUGGAGAAGAAGCAGAAGAAGUUUGAUCAGCUGCUGGCUGAGGAGAAAAACAUUUCCUCCAAAUAUGCUGAUGAGAGGGACAGAGCAGAGGCUGAAGCCCGAGAGAAGGAAACCAAGGCCCUGUCCCUGGCACGGGCCCUGGAGGAGGCCCUGGAAGCCAAGGAUGAGCUCGAAAGGACCAACAAGAUGCUCAAAGCAGAGAUGGAAGAUCUGGUCAGCUCCAAGGACGACGUGGGCAAGAACGUCCAUGAGCUGGAGAAGUCCAAGCGGGCCCUGGAGACCCAGAUGGAGGAGAUGAAGACACAGCUGGAGGAGCUGGAGGAUGAGCUGCAGGCAACAGAAGAUGCCAAGUUGCGACUGGAGGUCAACAUGCAGGCCCUCAAAGGCCAGUUUGAGCGUGACUUACAGGCCCGAGAGGAGCAGAACGAGGAGAAGAGGAGGCAGCUGCAGAGGCAGCUGCACGAGUAUGAGACGGAACUGGAAGACGAGCGAAAGCAACGUGCACUGGCAGCUGCAGCCAAGAAGAAGCUGGAAGGGGACCUGAAAGACCUGGAGCUGCAGGCAGACUCAGCCAUCAAAGGCAGGGAGGAGGCCAUCAAGCAGCUGCGCAAACUGCAGGCCCAGAUGAAGGACUUCCAGAGGGAGCUGGAGGACGCCCGUGCCUCCAGGGAUGAGAUCUUCGCCACAGCCAAGGAGAACGAGAAGAAGGCCAAGAGCUUGGAGGCGGAACUCAUGCAGCUGCAGGAGGAUCUAGCAGCAGCUGAGAGGGCUCGCAAGCAGGCUGACCUGGAGAAGGAGGAGCUGGCUGAGGAGCUGGCCAGCAGCCUAUCAGGAAGGAACACACUGCAGGAUGAGAAGCGGCGGCUGGAGACCCGGAUUGCACAGCUGGAGGAGGAGUUGGAAGAGGAGCAGAGCAACAUGGAGGUCAUGAGUGAUCGCGCCCGCAAGGCCACGCAGCAGGCUGAGCAGCUCAGCAACGAGCUAGCCACAGAGCGCAGCACAGCCCAGAAGAACGAGAGUGCACGGCAGCAGCUGGAGCGCCAGAACAAGGAGCUCCGGAGCAAGCUGCAUGAGAUGGAGAGCUCAGUCAAGUCCAAGUUCAAGUCCACCAUUGCUGCACUGGAGGCCAAGGUUGCUCAGCUGGAGGAGCAGGUGGACCAGGAGGCCAGGGAGAAGCAGGCAGUGGCCAAGUCCCUGAAGCAGAAGGACAAGAAGCUGAAAGAGGUCCUGCUGCAGGUGGAGGACGAGCGCAAGAUGGCCGAGCAAUACAAGGAGCAGGCCGAGAAGGGCAACGUGAGGGUCAAGCAGCUUAAGAGGCAGCUGGAAGAGGCAGAGGAGGAGUCACAGCGCAUCAACGCCAACCGCAGGAAGCUGCAGCGGGAGCUGGAUGAGGCCACAGAGAGCAACGAGGCCAUGGGCCGGGAGGUGAACGCACUCAAGAGCAAGCUCAGGCGUGGAAACGAAACCUCUCUGAUUCCCUCUAGAAGGUCCGGGGGACGUAGAGUCAUUGAGAAUGCAGACGGUUCUGAUGAGGACAUGGACACCCGAGACGGAGACUUCAAUGGCACCAAGGCCAGUGAAUGAACUUGACCAUUUGGCACUGUACCAGGAAAAAAAAACCCUCACCCCCAUCCCCAAACCGACAUAGUGGUAUUGACUCAGCACUGUCUGAAUCCAACUUCAACUUGCAAACCUCACCGCGACCCCUCACCGUGAACAUAAAGAUCUCUGCCCUGUGGCCAUGGCAUCCGUCUGAGCUUUGAAGGAUGUGCUAACUGAGAGACACCCAACAAGACACACAGACACACCAGCCUCUUCCUUAGUCAAUGAACUGGCCCUGGGUUUGAGUUAUUAGGAAGAGAGAACCAAGGGUGACCAAUCACUGACAAUUUAGUUUACAGCAAUGGGGGAGAAGAUCACCAAAAUGGGGGCCACUGCACCCUACUCCCCUCCAUCCCUCCCUGACCUGCAUCCUCUUCCAACUUUCCAAGCAGGUCCUGGCUUGAGAAAUCUGUCCCUUCCCGGUUACCACACCUCAGAUGCACACAGCUCACCUGGACCAAGUGCCUUCCCUAGUCACAUGAAUGAAAAGGAGACACUGCUCCAAAAUCAGAGCAGGAAUGUUACACCAUUUUAUAUGCACCCCGAAUGUACAUGAGGACACCUUCACUAAUAAAAGGCUAUAAGUCACUAGAA